CUCUGUUAUCCGGUAGUGACGUCAGAAUAAUAUGAAGCCAUGGCCAUGGAAGGCGAUUCAGGAAAGACUGGUGGAGGCAUCAAGUCCAGUGGUGAACGAUCCUUUAGUCUGGAGCGCCUAGGCUCCUCCAAUAGACCAAAUAAAUUGUAUGUGAACCUAAUGAAACAAGAGGAGCUGAUAGCACAGAAGAAAAAGGAAAUCGAGGCCAAAAUGGAGAAGGCUAAGAAGGGCAGCUUCACAAAGUUACAAGCAGCACCGGCUCAAGAUAAUGAUGAAGCGAACACAUCCAACAAAUUUGCCAAUGAUGGGAGCUUCCUGCAGGAAUUCCUAAAGAUGCAGAAAGAGAAAGCAAGUUCAGGAGGACCGACUGGUAAUGGCAGCAACACCACCAGUACUUCUGGAACACAGUCACAGAAGAGACAGAUUCUAAUUGGGAAACGACCAGGUCUGGGGAUGAGCUCUUUGGGCAGCACUUUAGGCCAAAUGAAGAACUAUACCCAUGCCAAGCAAACACCAGUGGCAAGCCGUCCCAGCGUCUUCCAGUCACCAGAUGAUGAUGAUGAAGAGGAGGAUGAUGAUCUUGAACAGUGGGCAGAAGUUAAAGUUUCACCCCCAGAGGAACCGGAAGUGAGGAGCGUCGCUGAGAAGCUGGCAAAAUACGUUGCAGAUGGGGGUCACGAGGUUGAAAAGCUUGCCAUUCAGAACAACAGGGACAACCCUGCCUUCUCCUUCUUGUACGAUCGCAACAGCCGGGCUUAUCUUUAUUACAAGAAAAAAGUAGCUGAAAUCAAGCGAGAGAAACAACUAAGUCAGCAAAUACCCAAGCCACCAGAGCCAACUUCUGCAUCUGUCCCAAAAGUUUCACCCCCAGAGGACCCAGAGCUCCGGAGUGUCAUUGAGAAGUUGGCAAAGUUUGUGGCAGACGGGGGUCCAGAUGUGGAAAAGUUGGCCAUUCAGGAUAAUCAAGAUAAUCCUGCCUUCUGGUUUCUGUAUGAGCAGAAUAGUGAUGCAUAUCGAUACUACAGGGACACCGUCGAAGUAUUCUGUAAAGUUAAAACUAUUGCGCAGAAGGCAGUCCAAGCAAGCUUGAUGAUGAUGUCAUCUCCAGCAACACAGAAGAGGAAAGGUUCUCCUGAGCCCGCUUCUGGUGACUCAUCCACUGAGCCUGCAUCCACACCAUCAUCUUCCUCCUCAGUUAAAAAGAAAAAAAAGAGCCGAUGGGGCCCAGAGGAUGACAAGAUUGAACUUCCUCCUCCUGAAAUGGCUUAUCCGAUGCAAUUACCUGGCUUAACAACUCAGGAGUUGAAGGGACUCGGCUAUCAGAAAGGUAAGCCGGUCGGAUUGGUGGGAGUCAACGAGCUCAGUGAUGCACAGAAGAAACAGAUAAAGGAACAGCAAGAGAUGCAGCAAAUGUACGAUAUGAUUAUGAAGCACAAGCAAGCCAUGCAGGAGAUGCAGGUGAUGUGGGAGAAAGCAAUUCAAGAACACCGACACGAGUAUGAUAGUGAUGAGGAGAUUGACGGUGAAGCUGGAACCUGGGAACAUCGCCUGCGGCACAUGGAGAUGGAAAAGACUAGAGAAUGGGCAGAACAACUGACAGAAAUGGGUCGAGGGAAACAUUUUAUUGGGGAUUUCCUGCCCCCUGAUGAACUAGAGAAAUUCAUGGAAACAUUCAAAGCUCUAAAGGAAGGCAGAGAGCCUGAUUAUUCUGACUACAAGGAUUUCAAACUUACCGUGGAGAACAUUGGUUACCAGAUGCUGAUGAAAAUGGGCUGGAAGGAAGGUGAUGGUUUGGGCUCCGAGGGUCAAGGCAUCAAAGCUCCUGUCCCCAGAGGAAUUACUGCAGUUGAUGGAGCUGGGUUUGGUAUUGAUCGCCCCGCAGAGCUCAGUAAGGAUGAUGACGAGUAUGAAGCAUUCCGCAAGCGUAUGAUGUUGGCCUACAGGUUCAGACCCAAUCCAUUGAAUAACCCAAGAAGACCUUAUUACUGACUUCCUCACACUGCUGGAAGAGACUACUAUUCAAUCUUUGACUGUGAUGUUAGUUUGUUUCAACAGCACCGCUAUCAGUUGAACGUACUUUUGUGGGAUGAACUUAAGAGUUGAAUUUCCUUAAUUAAGCAGUGCUGGAAUUUUCUGUUUCACUGAUACUAGGUUACUCUCUUCCCAUUUUCAUGUCCAUUUCCUUGCUCUGAAAGGAGCCUCUUUCCCUCAUCAGGAGCCAGGAUGUUACAGGAAAAGUAAUCCCUAAAUGAAAUGUGUUUCUUGACCGAUUCAUUCUGUUUUCGGCAGCUGAAAUGCCUGCAGAGGCUUGAGCUGCAGAGGGUCUGGGAGAAUUUUCUAGUGGGAAGGUGCUGAUACACUGGUGAGGACUAUGUCUGGUCCUCUGUCUUCAAUGGAUAACUAAUUGGAAGAGGAGACUGCAGUAAGCUUUGGUCUCAUGCAUCCUGGCCCAGAUGAUGAGUGAUUUGCUUUCACUGUAGCUGUUUAAAGCCUUUGAGAGAAACAGUGAAGAAGUAUUUCUAAGCUCCAGUUCCUAGCAAGUGAAGUCUCAACCAUUUUGACCAUCUCUUGUAGAAAUCAGGUAAUGUUUUUUUUACCUCCAGUAGAAGACCACAAUUUCUUACAAAUUGUAGGAACUGUUGCACGCUAUGCCUAAAUAAACUUAUUGUAUAAUGAGUAUUAUUU